CGGCUCCCGGCUGUGAUGUGUGCUUUCGGGUGCAGCGCGAACUGGCAACGAGGCAAACCCAAACAAAUACAGAACCAGACAAGGAAACACACGAAGAAAGCAUUAGAUUUGACCAGCCAGCGAGACCCCUGUGGAGUGUCUGCUUCUGUGACCACGUCCAAGCACGCGAACACAACUCAGUCCAAGGCUAGAGCUGGAAGUGACUCUGCACGGAAUGGUCUAAGCAGCGUGGAGACAGGAGGUGGAACGUCAGAGCGUGGCCUACAUGGACAACGCCUGGGAAUGGACAAUAAAGAUGUUCUCUUCACUAAGAAGAUGAGAAUUGUUACAAGAGAAAUUCAUGGUGUUAGUGAUGCACUGAUAAAUGCAAAAAUUGGCUUUGCUAUGUCUGCUGACCGCGUGUGGGCGGAAGGUCUGCUUGUGUUUUAUGAGGUGUUCCUGUACCUGGAAGGCGCCCUGGACCGCUACUCCCACACCCUCAUUGGGGAGGUGGAUGUCCCUGGCAUGAGGAGGAAAGAGGCAUUUGAAAAGGACUUAGCAUAUUAUUUGGGCGCCAACUGGAAGGAAGGUUAUACCCCCCGAGAAAGUGUCCAGCAGUAUCUGAAGCACUUAGAGAAACUAGAGGAAGAGAAUCCAUACCUACUGCUGGCCUAUGUCUAUCACUUGUACAUGGGCCUUCUAUCUGGUGGUCAGAUCCUGCGCCGCAAGAGAGCUCUUCUGCAAAAGCUCAAAUUUUCAAGAAAGGAGUCUAUGGAGGGUCUUGCUGUCACUGAAAUAGAAGGUUCUGUUAGCAAGAUGAAGAAAGAAAUGGCAGAUGCUAUGAAUCACAUCGCUGAGGCCGUGGAUGAGGACUUACGACAGAGGUUGCUGGAGGAGAGCAAGAUGGUGUUUGUGUUGAAUAAUAACAUGGUGCACUCCAUAGAGGGUGCUGGUGCUGUGGUGACCUUCAAGAUUAUCAAGUUUGGGAUCUGUGGAGCUGUAGCAGUGUUGCUCUUUACGUACAUUAGGAAGUUUUGGGUUGGUUAGGGUGUACGCUCAACUGUAUUCUCUUAGUUUUCAUUGUGUUUGAACAUUUAGAUCUGUAGAUUAGUCUCUGGGGUGGAUAUAGAAAGUGUUUUAACCAUAAACCAUGUACCACAAUAAUAAUUCAUGUUCCAAGUUUAUUUUUCCGAGUCAGAAAAUAUUUUACAACAAACCCUCUACCACAGUUGUGAUUCAUGUCAUAAGAUUUUUUUCUUAGAGAGAAAACAUUUUUAUCACAAACCAUUCACCACAGUUACAGGUGUUCUUAAUGCAACCUCCAAUUUUUCUCAAGAUCAUAUUUUAUUUAUUCAUUUAUCUAGUAUCCCUUUACCAAACUGAGAUCCUCUUUAAAAUAAGGUAUUCAAGACCAGAUAUCACUUCAUCUUCAUGCACAAUGAAAGAUACAAAUUGUUUGUUUUUUCAAGAGUAAAGAAUUUGCACCGUGUUUGGUUUCAUAAUUUUAUUGAGAGUAUGGUACAGUAUUUUUUACUUUUUUUAUUUAUUUAUUUAUUUUUUUUUUUCAAUUGUCCAAAAUACAAGAUAGAAGUUUAGCCCUACACUUAAACUUUGUUCCUGUUAUUGUUGAUUCUCAUUAUUGCUGUAUUGUGAGAAUCAUCAUGUUAGCAGUAUUACAAGCAUACACUCCCUGAAAAUGGAUUGUAUUUUAAAGUGGGACAAUAUUGGUGGAGCUAACAUGCCUAGGAAUUUAGCCAGUAUUCCUUACACAAAUCAAACUUUCUGCAUUGGUGAACUGCCAGUUUGUAAAUAUGUAUAGUAUUUCAUUCAUGUAUAUUAUGUAAAUGCAACAUUAAAUCAAUAUUUGUAUUGUAAUGCAAUUUAGUAUUGCAGUUCUGCAGUAUUAGUAUUACUUCAUUAGUAAUAAAAAAAUAAAUAAAUAAAUAAAAAAAA